AUGUCGGAACUUAGUCAGACCCAGUCAAGAGACCUACAACAAAAAACAUCAAACACCAGCGGAGAACAGCAGGAUGAAAACGGCAGUGGGCUAGUUACAAGCAUCUCGUUGAGCCGAGUCUCUAAGAAGGCAGGCACUAAGAAGAAAAAGAAGGAUCGGUGCUAUUACGAGAAGUGCGGGUCUACGGCUCUUAAAUUCAUAGGCGAUUGCCAGUUUUGUCAGGGACACUUCUGCUCGCGGCACCGAAUCAUGGAAAACCACUCUUGCCAGGGCUUGAAGUCUUGUAAGGAGCAAAUGCACCAGCGUAACGCGGAAAAGCUGGCCGCAGAACAAACAAUAGUAUCAAAAAUUCAAAUAUGA